AUGAACAGAAUAUUGAUCGCUGGUAAAGUAGGCGUGGACAAGGUACGGCUUGUCCAAGACGUGUUCUCCAUCUCUGAUAAAGAUUUAACAAACGAUAGAUGUCAAAGUGGCAUUAUCGUGGACGAUGUCCCGAUUGAAACCAAGUAUUACAAAGCAUCGGUCUCUAUAUUCAUUGAUGAGUUCGAGGUUGCUGCAGAAUGGUUCAACGAGCUUGAUACACCAGAAGCCAGAAUACUCCGAGAAGAAAUACAGGGGCUAGUAAUUUGUAUUGAUUUACAGACGACAAGCAAGGAAGAAAUCAACGAAAUCGAACGACAUUUGGAGCGCCUAGCGACUAAACUGGACGACGAAUAUACCGAAGAUUGUGGUGAACCACAGUGGGAUGGAUUCAAGAUUGUCGUUGGAUUUAAUCCGCAGGAGGCUGAGGAUUUCUAUCAGGAUAUGUUUAUCAUGUCAGGGUUUGAGUACAUUACUUAUGAUCAAGAGCGGAUCCGCGAGUCUAUUCAAACACAUAGAUGGCGAUCUCUACAGCAGCAAAAACGACCAAGCAAGCCAAUAAAAACUGCUGCUGAUUACACAGAACCCUUGCUGGAUCACGGUAGUGACAAGUCUUCAGAUGUUCUGCAGCUUGUGGAAAAAAUGAAACAAGCCCGCAUUGACGCUUCGCGUCUUCCCGAAGAUCAGAGGCAUGAUUUUGCCCAGAGAGUAUCCGAAAAUAUACUCGACCUCUUUGAAAAAGGUAAAAUUUAG